AUGCCGAGCAGCAGUGAAACGAACAACACUGCCGAGUACUCGGCGCUGCUGCUCGGGUCGAGAGCCGCUGCCGACCACGGAGCGACGUCGCUGAGGGUGGAAGGCGACAGCACCCUUGUGAUCCAGCAGGUGCGCGGCAUCUUCGCGGCGAGGAACGCCGUUCUACGCCGCCUCCGCGACCAAGUCAAGGUGGAGCUCGCGCGGGUGGGGAGCUUCUCACUCCACCACAACGACCGCCAAGCGAAUGCCCAUGCCGACCGCCUGGCCAACCAAGCCCUCGACCUCCGCCGGACGGUGAUGGAGUGCGGUGUUCACACGGCAGGCGACGGCUGUACGAACACGACGCUGGACCCUAUGCCCGUGCUGCUGCCCCAGCCGACACCCCGCACUCCGCCUCCGACACCCGCGGCCGACACCAACACCGAGAUGCAGGAGCCGGAGGACGAGGAUCUCGCCGACAUCGACGACGGCGAGGUCUAUGCAGCCAUGCGCAUCGGGCCGGACGCAGUUCCGCAGCGUCGACCCCGCCUCCGACUACGCCAGCUCACCGAAGCUGAGGACGACGCUGCCCGCGAGAUGGUGGAGCGGCUUGGCGCGACGCUGGCGGCCAAGAUCACUGACGCCAGUGACUGGGAGUCGGCGGAGGGCUACAUCACAGCCCUCCCGCACCUCCUGUACGACAAAUUGCAGCCGUACUCCCAGGCCCAGCGACGCCCCGAGCCGCCCCGCCGCCGCGUCGGCCGCGUCAACUCGGCCAUCGACCAACAGCACCUGCGUCACCGGUUCGACACGGACGAGAAAGCCUGCGUCGAAGACAUCCUGGCCAAGGCACGCGCGCAGCAGGAGACGCCAAGGACAGCAGCCUCCAGCGCCGGCACCGCAUCGGACCCAGCGGCGCCAGCGGCAGGCGCCACAGACGACGGUACCUGCCCCAUUCCGGGCGAUGAGCUCUGGCGGUACUUUGACGGCGUCAACACACCCAGCCAGGAGUUCGCUCCGGACGCCCCGGCGGGUGCUGCCUUCCGCUCCGCUAUGACCCACCUGCCGGCCGCGUCGAGGUUCAGGGAGCUGCUCACGGAGGCGCCGACACAGGACGAUAUC